AUGGCGACAACGCAUCUGAUACAAAUCUCGCCCAAUUGCCGGGAACCGUCACCCAUUCGCCACAGCGAAGUCGUCUGGAGACUUGAAGGCGGUCGCCGCAGUUCAUCAUUUGCAGCACAAGCGAAUCCUCUCGGCAUUGGCGACGACGAAAUGGGGGUGGUCGACGACUUUCAUUUGAGCAACCAUGUGGAUAGGAACCGCGAGGAGCACGAAGUGGCAGAAAGCGACUGUCAGGGAUGUCAUAAGAUCAGGGUUGACGAGGAAAGACGGCAGAAACUGAGUUUAGUAGAUCUGGGAACGAUUCCCGGAGCUGCAUUCCCAAAUGGCACGGUCGACACUCCUCCCCACUCCGGAAUCGGAAUGCCGCUGGCGGCCAACUCGUCGGCGACGUCACCGCCCUCGAAUGGCCUAGCCACAACCUUCCCCGCACACUUGCAGAGUCCAGAACGUAUCCACCAGCUGAAACAUGACAGCUCUGUUCUGGCACUUGCUGUCAACGACGAGUUCAUAUACGCUGGCACCCACGAUGGCGAAAUCCUGGUCUGGUCUCUUGGGACUUUCCAGCUAGUCCAUCGUGUACAGGCGCACAAGCGCAGCGUCCUCUGCCUCUUCCUCUCGUCACCGACCGACGAAGGCACAUUUCCAAAUAACCCGGCCACCAAAGAGACAACAACAAAGCCAAAAUCCUCCGACGGCGCCUCCGAUCCUCAAGACUCCCGACCCUCAUCCCUCCUUUUUUCUUCCGCCGGUGAUGCCAUUAUCAGCGUGUGGUGUCCGCGCACGCUCAAGCGCUUGUACGAGAUCUACAGUUCCCACGAUGUUGGUGACGUCUUCAGCGUGGCAUACUCCUCCCAGAACAACACGGUCUACAUUGGUGCGCAGAACACAUCGAUCCAGUGGGUUCGAUUGAACGACCCAGACGCCCGCGUUCUUCAUGAGUCUGCGCAGCACCCGGACCGUAGAUACCACCGCUUCUUCGAUUCCAAGGCAGUCGGGGGCACCAGCACACCACGGCGCAACGAUGACCGCUUCUCGAUGAUCCCCAGGGCGCAGUCCGUCCUUGAGAUAUCACAGGGUGCGAUUCAUCAGUUUGCACAUUUCGGUUACGUUUAUUGCAUGCUCAUAUCCAGGGGCCCGACCGUACGGGUCGGACAAGACGAGGACGUCCUUAUAUCUGGAGGCGGCGAUGGCACGAUAAAGCUUUGGAGAUUGGCGCACCACCCUGAGACUACUGAUGGUCGUGUUCAGAAGGGCGCUGAAUAUGGUCUAGAAGAGAUAAUGGUGUUGGGUACAGAUGAGGCUCAGUCUGUUUUGUCUUUGGCUAUUGAUGGGUCAUUUCUAUAUAGCGGCAAGCUUGACGGAGUGAUAGAGCUAUGGGACCUCGACACCAAACAGAAACUGCGAGUUAUCAAAGCACAUGACGUAGAUGUCAUGACAGUGCAGAUCAAAUGGGGUUUCUUGUGGAGUGCCGCGGCGAACGGCGUUGCGACUAAACACAGCACCGUCAACGAUAACCGUGAAACCAGCCCCGGGUCGGACUUGGCUAGCCACAAAUACCGCUGUCUCAGCCGGUGGAAUGCUCACGACGGCAAAAUUCUCGCAUCGGCAGCUACAUCCAACAAGGGCGAGCGCUUCUUCAUCACGGGUGCGAACGACGACGUUGUGUGCGUCUGGCGCGUAAACGACUGCAUAGAUGGGGCGACUGAACAAAAGGCCGUGGCUGAAGACGAGCUGUUGCGUUCUCUCCGCAAGUUUGUCUCCUACAAGACCAUAUCUUCACGCCCAGAAUAUGCUGAAGAUUGCCGUCGAGGCGCCACCUUCCUCUGCUCCUUGUUCAAAAGGCUGGGAGCCGAGGUAGAGAUGCUAUCAAGUGGUGACGGUAACAACCUCCACAACCCCAUUGUUUUUGCCAAAUUCUCUGGAUAUCAAGAGCCCGCCGAGAAGCGCAAGCGGAUUUUGUUUUACGGCCACUACGAUGUGGUUCCUGCCGAUGCCAAGAAAGGCAACUGGGCAUCGGACCCGUUUACACUUACUGGAACCAACGGCUACCUGUACGGGCGCGGCGUCUCUGAUAACAAAGGCCCUAUCAUGGCGGCUUUGUUUGCAGUGACAGAUCUGAUGCAGGCCAAGCAACUGCGCUCGGAUGUUGUGUUUUUAAUUGAGGGUGAGGAGGAAUCGGGUUCACGAAGCUUCAAGGAGGCGGUAAGGCGGAAUCGCGAUCUCAUAGGAGACGUGGAUUACAUACUGUUGGCGAACAGCUACUGGCUGGACGACGAGACGCCUUGUCUGACUUAUGGACUCCGAGGUGUACUGCACGCGACCGUCUGCGUCGACUCACCCCACCCGGACCUUCAUUCCGGCGUUGAUGGUUCGUACAUGAUGGCGGAGCCGCUUUCAGAUUUGACCAGCCUUCUCAGCAAGCUGAAGGGCCCAGGAAACAAAGUGAUGAUACCAGGUUUCUACGACGGAGUGUUGCCGCUCACUCCGAACGAGGAGAAGAGAUACGAUGCCAUCGCGACCAUGCUGAUGAAGCGCAGUCCGGAGAAGGGGCCAGCCGAGGCUUUAAAGCGAAGCUUGAUGGCUCGGUGGCGCGAACCCAACCUGACCAUCCACAGAUACAAAGUGUCUGGGCCGGACGGAAGCCUGGUCAGCAGCCAUGCCAGCGCAAACAUUUCGUUGCGGCUGGUACCAGGGCAGGAGGUUGAUGUGGUGACGGCAUCGUUGAAGUCUUUGCUGGAAAGCGAAUUCGCCAGCCUGGGCGGUAGCAACUCGCUUAGCGUGCGGAUUGACAACCAGGCCGAGCCAUGGCUGGGCGACCCAAGCAACGAGAUCUUCAGGACGCUCGAGAACGCCGUGGUCAAGGUGUGGGGUCUGGAUGCGAAUGGGGAGCAGGGCUCGGACGACGGUAACGGCAGUCAUAAUGGGGCGGAGGCUUCAGCAACUACCAGUGUCAAGACCAGGAAACCCCUGUACAUCCGCGAGGGUGGUUCCAUCCCUGCCAUUCGGUUCUUGGAGAAGGAGUUCGCCGCACCGGCAGCACAUCUACCCUGCGGUCAGGCCAGCGAUGCCGCGCAUCUUGAUAACGAGCGACUGAGGGUCCUGAAUCUUCUCAAAAGCCGUGAGAUAUUCGAGGAUGUGUUUAAAAGUUUGUAA